CUCUUUAGAUCUCCUGAUACCCUGCAGUGACUGGUGGGGUGCCCGUCUCUUUAGAUCUCCUGAUACCCCGCAGUGACUGGUGGGGUGCCCUUCUCUUUAGAUCUCCUGAUACCCUGCAGUGACUGGUGGAGUGCCCGUCUCUUUAGAUCUCCUGAUACCCCGCAGUGACUGGUGGGGCCCCCAUUCUCUUUGGUGCACCUGUUUCUCUGCUCAGAUCAGCCUUGUGGGGCCCCUUUCCUACCUACCAUGUUACCAGGCUCCAUCCAGAUGUCGGGGGAGACCCUCUCCAGUGCGGAGGUGAAGGGGGUGUGUGAGGGGCUGGUGGAGGGCACGGUGCGCCUCCUCUCCCUCCGCGGGUGCCACCUCUCUGACCGAGACUUUUCUCGGCUGUGUCAGGGGGUGUCAGAGUCGUCUUCCCUGGUGCAGCUGAACCUUAACCUGGGGGUGGUGUCCAGCACGGGCCGAGUCCAGCAGCUGGCACAGAGUCUUCACCGGAACCGCUCGCUGCAGUCCCUCUUCCUGCAUGGUAACCCCCUUACAGACACCGGCUUGUCCCUUCUCAACCCUGCACUGGUCGUCCACCCUGCACUGCUGUCUCUGGACCUCGGGGACUGCCUGCUCGGAGACGAGGGAAUCAGCCUGAUCUGUGGCCUCCUGCCCCCCGAUGGGGCUAAACCAGGUCUUCGGGAGCUGACCCUCUCUGCAAACCCUGGAAUAUCCUGCACUGGUUGGGCACGGCUGGCCAUCGCGGUGGCGCACAGUUCCCAAGUCCGAACCCUAAAUCUGGACUAUAAUCCACUGGGGGAUCACAUUGCCUCCAUGUUGGCUGUGUGUGUGGCCUCCAGUCGGACUCUGGAAGUUCUGGACUUGGAAGGGACUGGACUCGGCAAUCAGUCAGCUCAGAUCCUGCUGGACAUGGUGCGGAAUUAUCCGACCCCCCUAAAGUCUCUGGUACUGUCCGAGAAUAACAUCAGCCUGGAGCUGCAGCAGCAGAUCGCCGACCUGCUCUCAGAGGGUGAGGAUGAGGAUGAGAGCGAAGGACACGGACAUGAACGGCCCGUGAGGGAGAAGGGACUGAAGAGUAAUGUAGGCCCCGGACCUCAUAGGGUUCUCCUGACCUCCGGCAUUGGAGACAGCCUCCUCGCUGAGACAGAGAUGUGAGGAUCGGUUGCUGUCACACAACAGGGCGUCUGCUCGAGGUAACCCAACUCCUGAAGCCUUGAGUAGUGAGUGCCGGCACAUGCGCAGCCUCCACUGAUGGAGAAGACAGUGUGUCCACGGGAGUUGACAGAUGGACCAGUCCCAGUUUUGCACAUUCAGGAGUUUUGUUGCACAGAGGGUGUACAGGGUGUUGGCUCUUCUAUUAUUUCUAUAGAUAUAUAUAUAUAUAUAUACACACACAUACAUAUCACCAGGCACCUUAUCACUGACAAUAACCUUCAUGCUUGAGCAGAUUGUGCCCACCAGGGGGCAGUGACGUCCGGGAGGAAGGGGCGCUGCAGACCUGGUCAUUCUAUAAGCACAAGCUAAUAAAGGUUCUUACAUUCACGUGGCCUCAGUGUCUGUG